GCAUGGUCGAGGAAGCAAGAUUUGGGAGAGGCAAAGGAGAGAGAUGGGGGUGUGUUAUGGUACUCCUGACUUCCCUACUCCUAGCUUUACUGGUUAUCUCAGAUCAGGGAGGAAGUUGACAGUCAGUAGUUCAUCAUCUUCUGCAGCCAGCAGUAGCCAUGACUUGGUGGCUGCCGGUGACAAUCAGGCCUUUGGAGAUGGAGAGGUUUUGGCAGACCCCAACUUGACCGUCUUCAGUUUCGCAGAGUUGAAAGAGGCAACCAAAAAUUUUGGACGCGAUACGGUGAUUGGAGAAGGAGGAUUUGGUUAUGUCCAUAAAGGGGUGCUUCGUGGGAAGGAAGAGUCUGGAAGGACAGAGACUAUAAUAGCUGUGAAAAGAUUAAAACCGGAUAGUGUCCAAGGGUAUACAGAGUGGCGGAGGGAGAUAGACUUUCUUGGAAGGCUAUCUCACCCUAACCUUGUCAAGCUCCUGGGAUUUUGUCAAGAGGAUGAAAAUUUAGCUCUUGUUUAUGAGUACUUGCCAAUGGGCAGUUUGGAAAACCAGCUAUUCAGAAAGGGCUCCACUGCUCAUCUUCCAUGGGAUGUGCGCCUCAAGGUUGCGGUUGGGGCUGCCAGAGGCCUGGCCUUCUUGCACAGUUUUGAGAGGCAAAUAAUAUUCAGGGAUUUCAAAUCUUCAAAUAUUAUACUAGAUGGGUCUUACACGGUCAAACUCUCGGACUUUGGAUUGGUGAAGUCUGGUCCUCGAGAAGGCAUGUCACAUGUUUCAACACGGGUUAUGGGUACCCGUGGCUAUGCUGCCCCUGAAUACAUAGCAGCUGGGCAUCUCUAUGUAAAGAGUGACGUUUAUAGUUUCGGCGUUGUGUUGCUUGAGAUACUAACAGGCUCGAGGGCGUGUGAUCUGAGCCGUCCAGUAGGCAAACAUCUUUUAGUGGAGUGGGCCAGACCACUCUUAUCCAAGAAAAAAAAACCGAGGACUAUAAUGGACUCUAGAUUGAAGGGUAAAUAUUAUAUAGAUUCUGCAUUCCAAAUAGCACAGCUAGCUUUAACAUGCAUCCGAGCGGAUCCUAAUCAGCGGCCUUCCAUGACUAAAGUCGUGGAAGAACUGGAAUCAAUAGAAGCUGCCAGUGCUAAUAGAAUACUGCGGAAUGCUUGAAUUUAUUUAUUUUGUUGUUCGUACUUCUUCGUGUGAUGUGAUCAAGGUCUGUUGCUUCCCAGGAUUAAUCUUGGGCUUUGAAUGUUCCUUUCCAUUGUACCCAGUAGUUACUAGGUGUUGUGUUGUCUUGUAAGUUCUUAGGAAUAUUCAUGUGUCUAUCAUUAUGUGUAUCAACGUGUGAAUUGAGAUGUUGUGA